AUGUCAACCAGCGGAAAUCGACAACAGCAAAAGCGCAAGAAGCCACCAAAAACAUAUGAAAACAAACAUUUUUCCGGGCCUUUGUACGAUCCCAAUAGCAGUCGACCUGGCAAGGUUCAGAAAACGACAAAUGAUAAUGCGAGCAAUGAUAAACAGAGAUUCGAACGGCCGAGAAAGUACACAAUUACUGUAGCAAUCCCGGCCAGCGUAGUUGACAGUGCACCAACACUUGAAAUGAAGACGAUCUUGGCUGGGCAGAUUGCUCGAAGUCUCGUGAUAUUCAAUGUGGAUGAAGUGGUUAUUUAUGACGAUAAGAAAAAAUGGGCAGACAGCAAGAUCAACCCCAAUCUUUUUUUGGCACGCGUAUUACAAUACAUGGAGACGCCGCAAUAUCUGCGAAAAGCAUUGGUGCCCUUUCACCCUGAUCUGAAGUUUGCCGGACUCUUACCGCCCUUAGAAACGCCACAUCAUCCUAAUUUACAACAAGCGAUGCGGUAUCGUGAAGGUGUCACACUGAAUAAAGAAGGAACAGGCACGCUGGUGGAUAUUGGCAUGUACCGACGGGCACGACUUGAAAAGUUGAUACAACCGGGAGUUCGGGUCACGGUGGAGCUACCGGAACCGCUCGCCGCAGCCGACACACGAAAGGGCCAAAAGCCAAUCAACGUCAAGGCUGUGAGCCCAAAGGCGCCACGGGAAAAGGCAGGUCAUUACUGGGGAUACCAUAUCCGGCUGGCGUCGUCGUUUUCACGUGUGAUUACAGAGUCACCCUAUGAGGGAGGCUACGAUUUCACUGUGGGUAUUUCGGACCGCGAUGCGCGUGACAUGUUCGAUGACGGUGUGACGAAUGAGGUCAAAUCCUUCAAACAUCUUCUUUUUGCAUUUGGGGGUCCAUCAGGCGAUCUGCAGGAGGCUGUUGAGGCGGAUGAAGAUCUCAAGUGUGCGGGUGAAGACACGGCUGAGUUGUUUGAUCUUUUCGUCGAUCCCAGUGCACGGGCUGGAACGCGAUCGGUGCGACUGGAGGCAAGAAUCGAUUACCACUGUGAUGUCCGUGUUCCAGGCUGCGACUUCAAAAGGGUCGUGAUUAAGUGUGCACGAGAGACGCGCAAAAAGCAGCGAACAUAG